AUGAUACAACAAUUAACCCUUUUCUUUUUUGGGUUGGUGGUACAAAAUGCCUGCUCCCAAGCUGAAGCUACAGGAAAGGCAAAAAGAUGCGAUAAGAAGUCUUUUCUGACCAUCAGGACAGAGUGCCAGUCCUGCUCCGUGAGCCUUUCAGUCAAGUGCCCAGAUGGUUACUCCAAGGUCACCAGUAGCCCUGUCGGUGUUCGAGACUGCAGGUAUGCCUUUGAGAUCAAAACGUACUCUCUGUCACUCCCUGGAUGUCGCCAUAUUUGUAGAAGGGACUAUCUACAGCCUCAGUGUUGUCCUGGCCACUGGGGCCCAGACUGCAUGGAGUGUCCAGGAGGAGCAGGGUCGCCCUGCAGCGGCAGGGGCACUUGCGAUGAAGGCAUGGAAGGAAACGGAAGCUGCUCCUGCCAAGACGGCUUUGGGGGGACAGCCUGUGAAACCUGUGCUGAUGACAACUUAUUUGGGCCCAACUGUUCAGCAGUGUGCAACUGUGUGCACGGCGUGUGCAACAAUGGACUCGGUGGCGACGGAACCUGUCAGUGCCAUUCUGCAUACACGGGCCCCAGCUGUGACAAACCCAUUCCUGAAUGUGCAGCCUUACUCUGCCCAGAAACUUCCAGAUGUUCACCUUCCAAUGAAGACAAAACCAAGCUCGAAUGCAAAUGCCUCCCCAAUUAUGAAGGCAACGGCCAAAGCUGCCAGCCCAUUAACCCAUGUUUACAAAACAUCUGCCACCCCCACGCCCAUUGCACAUACCUGGGACCAAACCAGCACAGCUGCACGUGCCAAGAAGGCUUCCACGGGGAUGGCCGAACAUGCUUGCCUAUAGACCCCUGCCAGACGAACUUUGGAAACUGCCCUCCAAAGUCUGCCGUGUGCAAAUAUGAUGGCCCUGGACAGUCUCACUGCGAGUGUAAGGAACAUUACCACAAUUUUGUACCUGGAGUGGGGUGCAGCAUGACCAACAUCUGUGAAUCAAAGAAUCCAUGUCAUAAGUAUGCAAACUGCACCACCGUUGCACCAGGCCAGACCAAAUGCACUUGCCAGAAAGGCUAUGUGGGCGAUGGCUUGACCUGUUAUGGAAACAUCAUGCAGCAGCUGAAAGAAUUAAACACUGAACCCAGAGGCAAGUGGCAAGGCAGGCUGACUUCCUUCAUCUCACUCUUGGACAAGGCUUAUGCCUGGCCUCUGAGCAAUCUGGGACCAUUCACCUUGCUGCUGCCCUCAGACAAAGGACUGAAAGGAUUUGACGUAAAAGAUCUUUUGGUGGAUAAUGAGGCCGCUCGGUACUUUGUGAAACUCCACGUCAUUGCUGGGCAGAUGAGCACAGAGCAGAUGAACGACACAGACACCUUCUAUACCCUGACCGGGACGGCAGGGGAAAUCUUCAACAGAGAGAAGGACAACCAACUGAAGCUUAAACUCCACGGAGGCAAGACGAAGGUGGAAAUUAUUCAUGGGAACAUAGUUGCUUCAAACGGGCUUGUGCACAUCCUCGACAGAGCCAUGGACAUGAUGGAGCCCACCUUCGAGAGCAACCCCCAGCAAACCAUAAUGAAAGUGUUACAACCAAAAUACAGCAAGUUCAGAUCUUUGUUGGAGGAAACCAAUGUUGGACAUGCCUUAGGUGAGGAUGGAGUUGAUGGCCCAUAUACCAUUUUUGUUCCAACUGAUGAAGCCCUGGGAAACAUGAAGGAUGGCACCCUUGACUACCUCCGUUCUCCAGAGGGCUCUCGGAAACUUCUAGAACUCGUCAGAUACCACAUUGUCCCAUUUACCCAGCUGGAAGUGGCCACUCUCAUUUCGACACCUCACGUUAGAAGCAUGGCCAACCAGGUCAUACGGUUCAACAUAACAAGCAAUGGACAGAUUCUAGCCAACGAUGUAGCAAUGGAAGAAACUGAGGUCCCUGCCAAAAAUGGAAGAAUUUACACAUUGAGUGGAGUCCUCAUUCCUCCCUCCAUUGUCCCAAUUUUGCCCCAUCGAUGUGACGAAACAAGGAGGGAAAUGAAACUGGGCACUUGUGUGAGCUGUUCCCUGGUGUACUGGAGCAGAUGCCCUGCUGGCUCGGAGCCCACAGCACUCUUCACACACAAAUGCGUCUACAGCAGCAGAAUCCAGACCCUGAAGAGUGGCUGUGCCCGCUACUGCAAUGCCACCGUGAUGAUACCGAAGUGCUGCAAAGGCUUCUAUGGGUCCGACUGCAACCCGUGUCCUGGAGGCUUCAGGAAUCCAUGCUCAGGAAAUGGACAGUGUGCAGAUGGCCUCAGCGGCAAUGGGACAUGCAUUUGCGAAGAUGGUUUCCAAGGCUCCCAGUGCCAGUUCUGCUCUGACCCCAACAAAUAUGGAUUUCGGUGUGACAAAACCUGUCUGUGUGCCCACGGAGCGUGUGAUAACAGGAUAGACAGUGAUGGCGCCUGCCUUGCAGGCUCGUGUAGGGAUGACACCGCGGGGAGAUUCUGCAACAAGCAGACCUCGGCCUGUGGGCCCUACAUGGACUUCUGUCACAUUCAUGCCACCUGUGAAUACAGCAAUGGGACAGCCAGCUGCAUCUGCAAGGAAGGCUAUGAAGGGGAUGGAAUGAUGUGUUCUGAGAAGGAUCCGUGCAUGGGAUCAACCCCAGGAAGCUGUAGUCCCAACGCAGAAUGCAUCAGAACUGGCACAGGGACAUACCAGUGCCUCUGCCAGCAGGGCUGGACGGGGAACGGAAGAGACUGUGUAGAAAUCAACAACUGCCUGCUGCCUGGCACAGGUGGCUGCCAUGACAAUGCCAUCUGUUUGUACGUGGGCCCCGGGCAGAAUGAAUGUGAGUGCAAGAAAGGAUUUCAAGGAAAUGGGAUUGACUGUGAACCAGUUAUUUCGUGCUUGGAACAAACAGAGAAAUGUCAUCCACUGGCAACCUGUCAAUUUGCGUCUGGAGUUUGGAGCUGCGUGUGUCAAGAUGGCUAUGAAGGAGAUGGUCUCCUGUGCUAUGGAAAUGCAGCCCUGGAAUUGUCAUUUCUCUCUGAAGCAGCUAUAUUUAACCAAUGGAUACACAAUGCUUCUCUACAACCCAUGCUGUCCACCGCCGCAAACCUCACUGUCCUCGUGCCUUCCCAGCAAGCCAUCAAGGACAUGGACCAAGACGAGAAAAGCUUCUGGUUGUCAUCUAAAAAUAUUCCAGCUCUGAUCAAGUAUCACACACUGCCAGGCACAUAUGGAGUGGCCGACCUGCAGACCCUUUCUUCCUCAAACAUGCUGGCAACCUCUUUGCAGGGCAACUUCCUUCACCUGGAAAAGGCAGCUGGGAAUAUCACAAUCGAGGGAGCAUCCAUCGUCGAUGGUGACAACGCAGCCACAAAUGGAGUGAUUCACAUCAUCAGCAAGGUGCUGGUCCCCCAAAGAGGUCUAACUGGCUCCUUACCAAACCUGCUCACGCGGCUGGACCAGAUGCCUGACUAUUCCAUCUUCCAGGGCUACAUCAUUCAAUAUAAUCUGGCAAAUGCAAUCGAAGCUGCGGAUACUUACACUGUGUUUGCUCCGAACAACAAUGCCUUCGAGAAUUAUGUCAGGGAGAAGAAGGUCACAACUCUAGAGGAAGAUGUGCUCCGGUACCACAUAGUCCUGGAGGAGAAGCUCUUGAAGAAUGACUUGCACAAUGGCAUGCACCGUGAGACCAUGCUGGGGUUCUCCUACCUCCUGGGCUUCUUUCUCCGUGACAACCAGCUCUAUGUUAAUGAGGCUCCAAUAAACUACACCAAUGUAGCCACUGACAAAGGUGUGAUCCAUGGCUUGGGGAAAGUUCUGGAAAUUCAGAAGAAUAGAUGCGACAAUAAUGAGACCACUAUUGUACGAGGAAAGUGUGGGAGGUGUCCACACAAAGCGACCUGCCCACUUGGCAUGAAACCACUGGGCAAUGAGACAAGGAAAUGUAUCUAUACCAAUUAUUUCAUGGGAAAGUGGUCCAUGUCCAUUGGGUGCCAGCCAAAGUGUGUGAAAACAAUCAUUACCAGAGCAUGCUGUGCUGGCUUCUUUGGCCCCCAGUGCCAGGCCUGCCCAGGCGAAGGCCAGAACGUUUGCAACGGGAAUGGCAUCUGCCUGGAUGGUGUGAAUGGCACAGGCGUGUGUCAGUGUGGGCAGGGCUACAGUGGUACGGCCUGUGAGACUUGUGAGGAGGGCAAGUACGGAAUACACUGUGACCAAGUAUGUCCUUGUGUCCAUGGGAGGUGCAACCAAGGUCCCUCUGGAGAUGGCUCCUGUGAUUGUGAAGUUGGCUGGCGAGGAGUGAACUGUGACCAAGAGAUCACAAAAGAUGACUGCAAUGGGACAUGCCACACCAGUGCCAACUGCCUUCUCAAUCCAGAUGGCAAAGCCUCGUGCCAAUGUGCGGCAGGAUUCCAAGGGAAUGGGACGAUCUGCACAGCCAUCAAUGCCUGUGUGACCAGCAACGGAGGGUGCUCUCCCAAGGCUGACUGCAAAAGAACCACCCCAGGAAGACGCGUGUGCACGUGCAAGGCGGGCUACGCCGGCGACGGCAUCGUGUGCCUCGAAAUCAACCCGUGUUUGGAGAACCAUGGUGGCUGCGACAAGAAUGCAGAGUGCACGCAGACAGGACCCAAUCAGGCCGUCUGUAACUGCUUGCCCAAGUACACUGGAGAUGGGAAGGUCUGCACGCUCAUCAACAUCUGCUUAACUAACAAUGGCGGCUGUAGUCCGUUCGCUGUCUGCAAUCACACUGGACGAGAGGAAAGGACCUGCACCUGCAAGCUCAACUACACCGGAGAUGGAUUCACCUGCCGUGGCAGCAUCUACCAGGAACUUCCCAAGGACCCUCAAACUUCCCAGUAUUUCUUCCAGCUGCAGGGCCAUGCUGUUCGGGACCUGGCUGGACCUGGCCCCUUCACAGUGUUUGCGCCUACAUCUGAUUCCUUUGCUAAGGAGCCCCUGAUUAAAGACUGGGAUCAGCAGGGCCUCAUGCCCCAGGUGCUUCGCUACCAUAUGGUCGCUUGCCAACAGCUGCUUCUGGAAAACCUAAAACUGACCCCAAACGCUACCACCCUCCAGGGCGAGCCGAUUGCCAUUUCUGUCUCUCAGGAUACAGUGUAUAUAAAUAACAAGGCUAAAAUCCUAGCCAGUGAUAUCAUCAGCACUAAUGGAGUCAUCCACAUCAUAGACAAAUUGCUCUCUCCCCAAGACAUGAUCAUCACCCCCAGAGACAUCUACAAAAGGAUUAAGCAAAAUCUGACGACAGUGGCAAUAAACCAUGGCUACAUCAGGUUCAGCAAGUUAAUACAGGACUCGGACUUGCUGAGUGUCAUCACCGACCCCAUCCACACCCCGGUCACCGUCUUCUGGCCCACGGACCAAGCCCUUCAAGCGCUCCCCCUGGAGCAGCAGGAUUUCCUGUUCAACCAAAACAACAGGGACAAGCUGAAGGAGUACCUGAAGUUCCACGUGAUCAGAGAUUCCAUGGCUUUGGCCGUGGAUCUCCCCAGGGCUGCUUCCUGGAAGACCCUGCAAGGCUCAGAGCUGAGUGUGAAAUGUGGAACUGGCAAUGACAUUGGCGAGCUCUUUCUCAAUGACCAAAUGUGUAGGAUCGUACAGCGAGGGCUCUUGUUUGACCGUGGCAUGGCCUAUGGCAUUGACUGUCUACUGAUGGAUCCCACCCUGGGAGGCCACUGUGACACAUUUACUACCUUCAGUGUUUCGGGAGAAUGUGGGAGCUGUAUCAACACUCCCAGAUGCCCAACAUGGAGCAAACCAAAGGGUGUGAAGCGGAAGUGUCUGUACCACCUGCUGCCCUACAGGAGGAACCUGGAAGGCUGCCAGCAGCAAUGCUCCCUGGUCAUCCAGAUCCCCAGGUGCUGCAAGGGCUACUUCCUGCCAGACUGUCAGGCCUGCCCCGGAGGACCAGAUACCCCAUGCAAUAACCGGGGCACCUGCCACAAUCAGUACUCGGCCGCGGGACAGUGCCAAUGCAACACUGGCUUCAAUGGGACGGCCUGUGAGCUGUGCUGGCCAGGGAGAUACGGGCCUGACUGUCAGCCCUGCGGCUGCUCAGAGCAUGGACAGUGUGACGAUGGCAUCACAGGCUCUGGACAGUGCUUCUGUGAAAGCGGAUGGACCGGCCACUUCUGUGACACUCAGACAGCUGUGCUCCCGGUGUGCAUGCCUCCCUGUUCUGUGCACGCCACCUGUAUGGAGAACAACACGUGCGAGUGUAACCCGAAUUACGAAGGUGACGGGAUUAUAUGCACAGUUGUGGAUUUCUGCAAGCAGAACAACGGGGGCUGUGCAAAGGCUGCCACGUGCUCCCAGAAGGGCACAGUAGUCUCCUGCAGCUGCCAGAAGGGCUACCAGGGUGACGGCUACAGCUGCAUGGAGAUAGACCGCUGUGCAGACGGCCUCAACGGCGGAUGUCAUGAGCAUGCCACCUGCAGGAUGACCGGCCCGGGCAGGCACAAGUGUGAAUGUAAGAGUCACUAUGUGGGAGACGGGCUAGACUGUGAGCCCGAGCAGCUGCCCCUUGACCGCUGCCUGCAGGACAACGGGAUGUGCCACCCGGAUGCCAACUGUGCCGACCUCCACUUCCAGGAUAACAACGUUGGAGUGUUCCAUCUCCGCUCCCCACUGGGCCAGUACAAGCUCACCUUUGACAAAGCCAGAGAGGCCUGUGCCAACAAAGCUGCCUCUAUGGCCACCUACAACCAGCUCGCCUAUGCCCAGAAGGCCAAGUAUCACCUGUGUUCAGCUGGCUGGCUGGAGAGUGGGCGGGUGGCCUACCCCAUAACCUACGCCUCCCCAAAAUGUGGCUCAAACUUUGUUGGGAUAGUGGACUAUGGACCCAGGGUCAACAAGAGUGAAAUGUGGGACGUCUUCUGCUACAGGAUGAAAGAUGUGAACUGCAGCUGCAAGGCAGGCUACGUGGGAGAUGGCUUCUCAUGCAGUGGGAACCUGCUGCAGGUCCUCAUGUCCUUCCCCUCGCUCACCAACUUCCUGACAGAAGUGCUGGCCUAUUCCAAGAGCUCAUCCCGAGGCCGGGCAUUUCUGAAACACCUGACUGACCUGUCCAUCCACGGCACCCUCUUCGUACCACAGAACGGCGGACUGCAGGGCGAUGAGACCCUGUCCUGGCGAGACCUCGAGCAUCACCUCACCAAUGUCAGCCUUUUCUACAGUGACCUUGUUAAUGGUACCACAGUGCAGACUAGGCUGGGAAGCCAGUUGCUCAUCACCUGCAGCCAGGACCAGCUCCAGCAGAACGAGACCAGAUUUGUGGAUGGAAGAGCUAUUAUGCAGUGGGAUGUCAUUGCCUCCAAUGGAAUCAUUCAUGUUAUCUCUAGGCCUUUAAAAGCACCUCCUGCCCCAGUGCCUUCAACCCACACUGGCUUGGGGACAGGUGUAUUCUGUGCUGUCGUCCUGGUCAUCGGAGCAAUAGCCCUGGCCGCCUAUUCUUAUUUCCGGCUAAAACAGAGAACCAUUGGCUUCCAGAAUUUUAAGUCAGAAGAGGACAUUGAUGUUGCGAAUUUUGGCAAGCAGCAGUCCGAGAAUAUCUCAAACCCUAUGUAUGAGAGCUCAACCCCUGCACCCCCCGAGCCCGCCUGCGACUCCUUUGUGGACUCUGAAGAUCCCCAACUGGAAAGCAGUGACCCCUUGGGGGCCAUUGUAAGGACCUGACACGAGCAGCCAUCUAGCAGCCACUGCCUCCUGGGCCACCCCGGCCAUCAGGGCUCCACUGUGAAUUCUCAGCACGAGUUAAAGCACUCAAGCCACACUUCGGCUGUCCCGUUAAUCCGUGGCUUGUUUCUGUGGCCGGGGGGCCUCAUUACCAAAUCCACCCGGGGGGCUGCUCCCUCCUGUGCCUGCACUGUCCUUUGCACCUUUUAGAUGACACUGGUUACACUCUGCCCUGCCUUACUGUGACCUUGU